AUGGUUAAUGAGGGCCAUUUUAUUGGAACUCAUACUUGGUCGCACAAGCAUCUACCAUCAUUAUCGAAUAGACAAAUAGCCGCACAGUUACAAUGGUCAAUUUGGAUAAUGAACGCAACAGCCGGUGUAAUACCAAAGUACUUUCGGCCUCCAUAUGGUGGUCUUGAUAAUAGAGUCAGAGCUGUUGCAGCACGUUUAAAUCUGACACCUAUUGUAUGGAACUUCGACACAUUUGAUUGGAAAUUAAGUAAAAAUCAAAUCACAGAAGAAGACAUUCUUAAAAACGUGCGUGAAUGGAAAAAGAAGUAUACUGAAGGGAUAAUUCUAGAACAUGAUACAGCUGAGAAGAACGUUAAGGUGGCACUGCAAAUAAAUGACAUAAUUGGAAGCAACCAAAUGAAAGUAGAUACUUGUUUACCCGCACAUUCCCAACUGUCAACUAUCAAGUUACCAUUAGAUAAGCAAUAUUGA